UUGAAGAAACUUUUGAUCACAAAAAUCCAUCAAAAUAGAAACUGCGAGAAAAUUCACAAGAAAACCUCAACAGAAAAUAAAUAAAAAUAAAAAAUAAAAACCAAGAUAAAUUCGUUAAAUUCGAAUCUUUUCGGAUUAAACAACAUUCAGCUCUGUAAAACGUUGAAUUUCAACCAGUUUUCGUUAGAUAAGAAGAAGAAAAAUAUUAGAAGAAGAAGAAGAGAAACAUGGUGGCCGAAGCAGAGGUUGUGUGUCAACAAAGCGUAGGUGUGUUAGAUGUGAAAUAUUUUCCAAAUAAAGGAAGCAAUAUUCACGAGAUCGGUGAUUCAGAUUCUAUUUCGCCUUCAAGUUUUGACCGAGUUCGUGUUUCUGAAUCAGUUUCCGCUGAGUUACUCACUUCAAAAGAAGUUGGUUUUCUAAGACAUACCUUUUCGCAAUUUCUUCUUUCUCGUGAUGUUGUGUUGUUGGAGAAUAUAUAUGCUAAUAGGGACGUUAAGACUGCAGAAAUAAUAUCAGAAGCUCUUGAAUCUGCGGUUCUGCAAUUUGUCCCCUGCAUCCGUUCUGGUAGUUUUGCUGAUAUUGGGCCACGUAGAUACAUGGAAGAUGAACACAUAAGGAUAGAUGAUUUGUCUUCUCAUCUGGGAUCCCAAUAUAAUUUUCCUAAGCCAAGUGCCUUUUAUGGGGUGUUUGAUGGUCAUGGAGGACCUGAAGCUGCAGCUUAUAUAAGAAAAAAUGUUAUAAAAUUCUUCUUUGAGGAUGCUAGUUUCCCUCAGAUAUCUGAAGUUGAUAAUGUAUUUUUACAAGAGUUAGAGAAUUCACUCAGAAAGGCUUUUCUUUUGGCCGACUCAGCUUUGGCUGAUGAUUGCAGUGUCAACACUUCAUCAGGAACCACAGCUCUUACUGCUCUGAUAUUUGGAAGACUUCUAAUGGUGGCCAAUGCUGGUGACUGCCGAGCAGUUCUAAGUCGUAAAGGAGAGGCCAUCGACAUGUCUCAAGAUCACAGACCUAUCUAUCCAUUAGAACGGAGGCGAGUUGAAGAAUUGGGCGGCUACGUAGAGGAUGGUUAUCUUAAUGGUGUUUUAUCAGUUACAAGAGCACUAGGGGACUGGGACAUGAAGUUACCUAGAGGUACUCCCUCACCUUUGAUAGCAGAGCCUGAGUUCCACCAAGUAGUUCUAACAGAGGAUGACGAAUUCCUCAUCAUAGGAUGUGAUGGUAUUUGGGAUGUGAUGUCGAGUCAACAUGCUGUUAGCCUUGUUCGUAAAGGUUUGAGGAGGCAUGAUGACCCAGAGAAAUGCGCGAGGGACCUUGUUAUGGAGGCAUUACGCCUCAACACAUUUGACAAUCUCACGGUCAUCAUUGUAUGCCUUUCUUCGCUUGACAAUGGGGAGGCAGAGUCAUCACCACCUCCCCAGCGGAAAUUGAGAUGUUGUAGCCUCUCUGCAGAGGCUCUUUGUAGCUUGAGAAGCUUGUUGGAAGGCAGUGCCAACAACUGAAUGUAUAUAUAGAGUUCAUCAAAUAAAGUGUUGUGGUUUCGUAUGCUGUUUUUGACUGCUUCAGUUUAGGCGUAGGAAAAAGCAGCGAUCAUUUUUUUUCACGUUGUCAGCUGAUGUACAUAGCCCAGGGUUAGAGGAUGGUGGUGUACAUAUGUAAUAUUUUACAUUAUUUUGUACUAGUCAUUUUUUUCCACUAUGACCGCCACAUUCAUAUCACAUUCUUGUGUGUCAAUAAAUUUUUUGUUUUGAAUA